AUGUGCGGCAUCAUCGCAAGCUAUUCUUGCCCUCCGCCUCGACGCGAGCGCAAUGCUCACGGCCAAACUACCGGCCACGAGACCGACACCAAGGAUAAGACCAGUGAAAGCAGUGGAGUGGCCUCUGGUGGCUCUACGCGCGACGCCAUCGCCAAAGCGCUGCAAGCUGGCAUCGACUCGAUCAAACAUCGUGGGCCAGAUGGAUCCGGCAUUUGGGUUAGCACCGAUGCCGGCGUAGGACUCGCCCAUUGUCGGCUCUCCGUCAUCGACCUCUCUCCCGGCGGCGCCCAGCCUCUGCAUAGCGACGAUGGGCUCAUCCACGCAGUGGUUAUCGGAGAGAUCUAUGACAACGACCGCCUGCGCAAAGUCUGUGCAACCAAGUACGCAUACAGGUUCGCUGGCCAAAGUGACAGCGAACUUGUCAUCUCCUUGUACAAGAUCCACGGUGCCCCUGGCCUCUUCGAGCACCUGCGAGGCGAGUUCUCUUUUGCACUUUUUGACGAGAGAGAGGGCAGUAGGCGACUUGUUGCAGCGCGUGACCGAUUCGGUAUAAAGCCCCUAUUAUGGACAGCGCUCGGCGAUAAAAUCCUUUUCGCGGCCGAAGCCAAGGCAUUCUUGGCCUUUGGCUGGAAGCCCGAGUGGAAUGUUCGAGCCCUCGCCGACAGCGGCUGGAUGAUGAACGAUAGCACGGUUUUCAAAGGCGUAACAAAACUUAUGCCGGGGCACUGGGCAGAGAUUACCCAGGAGCGCGGCAUGGAGAUUCACAAGUACUGGGAUGCCGAUUAUCCCGACAAGACAGUUCCCGAUCCUCGGACGGUGGAUGAAAUGAUUCUCCAAGUUCGUCAACGGCUAGUCGAGGCGAUCCGGGCUCGGCUACGUGCCGAUGUCCCCGUCGGCAUCUACCUCUCGGGCGGUAUCGACUCCUCGGUCAUAGCAGGCAUCGUGGCCGAGCUCGUUCGGAAGGACAAGGUGCAAAUUGGCAGCGGGUUAGGUUCUCGCAUUGCCUGCUUUACCAUCCAGUUUCCCAGCGAGUCAGGCUAUGAUGAAUCUGACAUUGCCGACCGCACGGCUGAGUGGCUGGGCGUUGAGAUGUUUAAGCAGAAUGUUAACGAGCAGAGACUUGCGAAAGAUUUCGCUAACGCUGCAUACCAUUGCGAGCACCAUCAUUUCGACCUAAACUCGGUUGCCAAGUUUGCUCUGUCGGCCCUGGCCCGUGAGCACGGCUUCAAGGUCGUCUUAACCGGCGAAGGUUCUGACGAGCACUUUGCCGGGUACCCUUUCUUCCCCCCAGAGUUCCUACGCGAACCGGAUGGAGGCAUGCCUGGGUCAAUCUUGGCCGAGGACAGCGCCUUGCGCCAGGGCAUGCAGAAGUCCGCCAGUGCUGAGAUUGCCGCUCUUUUGCGCUCCCAAGGCGCCGCAGUUUACGAGGACAUGGCUGACGCCGGUGUUUUGGCUGAUGCCAACAAAAACACAAUGCCGAACAGCCUCUUGGCCUGGCAUCCCGCCAAUAGCUUGUUCCUAGACUGGGUGCAAGUCCAGUAUCAGGGCAAGCGGGAUAUGCGGGACACAGUCAUGGCCGCCCACUCGUCCGAGGUGCGAGAAAAGAUGAGACAGAAGUGGCAUGCUGGUCACACAGCAAUGUAUAUGUGGAAUAAGUCCUUGCUUAUCAACAUUAUCUUGUCCUGCCUCGGUGACCGCGUCGAGAUGGCUCACGGCGUCGAGGCGCGGACACCUUUCCUCGACCACCGUUUGGCCGAGUAUGUUAACUCGCUGCCGCCCAGCGUUAAGAUGCGGUAUUCACCACCCGACGACAAAGGCCAGAAGUGGAUCUUACGCGAGGUCGCACGCCCCUACAUUACCGACGAGCUCUACACUCGCAGGAAGCUCCCGAUUCUGGCCCCCGCGCGGUGGCCAAGAGAUGGGCCACUGCAUAGCAUGUUUAAGAAGCUUCUGUCUGCUGAGGCUGUCGACAGCCUUGGAUUCGUCAACUAUGGCGUAGUCGAGAAAGCUUUGGACAAGGCGUUUGGAGACGAAGCUGAUCCGAAAUCGUUUCGCAUCCUCUGCUACACAGGCAGUUGGGUGACGCUGGGGAAAAUAUUCGGUAUUAAGAAAGCCACCGUAGAAGAAUCUAGGUGGGCUUAA